CGUUGCAUGUUUUGGGGAUGUGGGAGGAAAUCGGAGUGCCGGACCGGAGCGAGAAAACCCACACAGGCGUGGGUCGAACAUGCAAACUCCUCGUGGGCAGGCCUGGGAUUUGAAUCCCAGUCCACAGAACUGUGAGGCCAAUGAUGUAAUUAGUCACUCUUCAGCAUGUGUAGCCAUCCAGUUUCCGCUUAUCCUCACAAAGGUCACGGGGAGUGCCGGAGCCUAUCAACAGGGCAGGAGGCUGGGUACACCCUGAACCGGUCGCCAGUCUAUGGCAGGGCACACGGAGACAAACAGCCGCACUCACGAUCCCACCGCGGGACAAUUUAGAGUGUCCAAUGAAUGUUGCACGUUUUUGGGAUGCGGGAGGAAAGCCACGCAGGCUCGGGGAGAACAUGCAAACUUCACACAGGCGGGUCCGGGAUUGCGCCCGGGACCUCAGAACCGUGAGGCCAACGUCAAAAGGCUUUUUUUAAGUCCCGGUGUUGUUGUUUUCUUGGCCCAAACGUCUCUUUGAGUAUUUAAGGUCGCCGACCCUUUCGAUCUUUGUGUUGCUCAAUAGCGACGUCGCCCUUUGUAUCGCAACGCUUAUCUGGAGCUAUAAGCAGCGCAGAUAAACCCGUUUCGCCUUUACAUCAAAUAGCGACCGUCUGCGUCGAGGACUUUCAUACGACCGUUCCAAAGACAAUGAAACAAUCUGAUUUGGAAUGUUGUUUUAUUGUUUUCACGGGAGAGCGUCGGAAAAUGAUAUCCAGAUGUUGUUGCCGGUGGAGAGGAAUCUGUGCAGGGGGGGUGUCGGCCGGAGGAGGAGGAGCAGGAGGAGAUUGGAGCAGUUAUACGUCGACUUCCACUCGGAGCUCGAACGCGGCGGUAACGGCAGACGCGGGAAUCUUCUCUGGAGGGGGGCGACGAACUGAGCAAUGACACCAUAUCCAAGCCUGGUACUCCUGGUGGUGUUUUCCGCCACUUGCUGGGGUGGCAAAAUUCUGGUGUACCCCUUCGACGGCAGCCACUGGAUCAACAUGAAGAUUCUGCUGGAGGCGCUUCACUCGCAAGGCCACGAAAUCACAGUCCUGCGAACCUCCACCAGCUGGUACGUAUCUGAGAAGUCGCCCCACUACACCUCCAUCACCAUCGUGCUGGAGCAGUCGCAGAACAUCGAGAGCCAGAACUACAUGAACUCCUUCAUGGAGCGAUCCAUCGAGAUCCAGCGGCACAGGGGCACCCUGUGGGCCUUUGUGGCGUUCUACAGGAACCUUUUCGGUCUUAUGGGGGAGAACCAGGUGACUGUGGCAGACAUGGUGGUCAGCAUAUUUGAAAACCGAACUCUAAUCAAGGAACUGAACGAAAGUAGAUACGACCUUUUCUUGACAGACCCGGCCUUUCCAGGCGGAGUGCUCCUGGCUCACUAUCUGGACCUGCCCAUGGUCUUCAACGUGCGCUGGCUUUUCAACGGCGAGGCACACUUUGCCAUCGCACCGUCUCCUCUUUCUUACGUCCCUCAAUUGUUCUCCCGUUACUCGGACAGAAUGGACUUCUCACAAAGACUCCACAACGUCAUCUAUCACGCCGUCCUGCUUUACAUGUACCACUACGUCUCCAAUCCGCCUUACCAGGUCGUGUGCGAUCGCUAUUUCGGCAGCGACGUCACCAUCAUGUCUCUCAUGCAGGGAGCCGAUCUGUGGCUGAUGAGGGUGGACUUUACCUUCGAGUUCCCUCGACCCACCAUGCCCAAUGUGGUCUACAUCGGAGGGUUUCAGGGCAAGCCCUCCAAGCCUCUGCCGGCGGAUUUGGAGGACUUUAUGCAGAGUUCCGGGGAACACGGAGUGGUGGUCAUGACUUUGGGGACGCUCCUGGGCGACCUCGGCCCUGAGCUGUCGCAGAUCAUCGCCUCUGCUUUUGCUAGACUCCCUCAGAAGGUGGUCUGGAGACAUAUUGGGAAGAGGCCCGCCACAUUAGGGAACAACACCCUACUGCUGGACUGGUUGCCUCAGAAUGAUUUACUGGGCCAUCCUAAGACCAAAGUCUUUGUAACGCACGGGGGCACUAACGGCAUAUAUGAGGCCAUCUACCACAGCGUCCCGAUUUUGGGGAUCCCGCUCAUCUUUGACCAGCACGACAACAUGGUCCGGCUGAAGGCCCGCGGAGCCGCCGAGUUUGUGGACGUGGCGGCGCUCGACGUGGACUCUUUCACCGCUUCCCUGAGGAACAUUCUCGAUCCCCAGAAGCCUUACAAGCAGAACAUGGUCAAACUUUCCCGGCUCCAUCGCGACAAACCCAUGAAGCCCACCGACGCGGCUGUCUUCUGGAUGGAGUACGUCAUGCGGCAUCGCGGUGCGGCACAUCUGCGCACCGAGUCUUAUAAAUUGCCGUGGUACGCCUACCACUGUCUGGACGUGAUCGCAGUCCUCGGGCUCCUCUGUUUUCUAGCCCUUGCGUCAUUAUGGCUUUCCUGUCGAUGUCUCUGUAGGCAGCUAGUGAAGGUCAAGAAUAGCACGUUCAAAUCCAAGAAAGAGUAGUUUGAGAAGGCCCUGAAAAGCAACCAUACCAGAAAACUUUGUGACUUGCCACUUUCAAAUGAUGACUUUUGGGAAAACAGUUGUCUGGAACUGUUUAUGCAGUGUCGGGCAUUUGGUUCCUGGAUCUGCAGUGGGGACUGACGUGACUUAAUCCACCGCUUGAUACUACCACUAUCACAUCAUAAUUAUUGAAACCAUCGAUACGAUACAUAUUUACUGACAUCUGGAGUAGUCCACAAUCAAUAUUUAUCCAGUAAUAUGACAAA